ACCGUGGGGUUCUCAUGUUGGACAAAAAGGAUUUGCCACCGGAAAUAAGAAAGCUGAUUUACCAAGUGGACGUCGAUACAAUUACGAUCCAGAUUACACCAUGUCAAUUACACCAUGUCAGUCAGCAGCUGCCUCUUUUGAUAUGGCAGAUUUACAUGCACAGGCAAAUCGAAAUUGGGCUACACUUGAUCGUUCUUGGAAGCAGUUCUAUGAGCUAAUCACUAAUCAGGAUGCUGUGAUGAGCGGACGCUUCACACAGUUUGGAGCUGGCUCCCUUUAUUACUGUUCUCCGUUGAAGGACAGAGUUGGUUUCGGCUACGAAAGAUUUGAAGGCGCUCGCAAAGGCAUCAAAUUCAUCGAAGGAACGAAGCCAGAUUCGAACAGUGUAGUAGCAGCUCUUGUACUUGAUCAUACCAUUGGGACGUUUUUCAAAAAUCAGAACUUGAUGAGAAGUGUGCGCGAAUUGCCAGGAUUACAGAACGUAAACAGAUUUGAUUUCUCUGAAAUUAACGGACGUUUUAACAAGAAAUGGAUCGAUGUCAAUAAUUACGUCAAAGGUGAACCAUGA